GAACAAUACUUUUGCUUCCUUAUUUAAGAUAUCUCUCUUAUUAUUACCUACUAGAUCAAAAACAGCUCCCCCACUAUCUUUCUCACUCUCUUUUCUCUUAUCUUUCUCUCUCUUUCUCUCCACUAACCUGUCUUUCAUCUGAGCAGAAAUACACAAAGCUGAAAUCAAACUCAUAAUAAAGUAAAAGAAAAGAAAAAAAAGGAUCCAAGGUGUUGAUUUCAUCAGUCAAACCCAUCAAUCAAAUCAAAUCAAAUCAAAUCUCUCAAAUACAGGAUUGAUCAUAAUUCAAUUCUCUGAUAUCAAAAUUAUAUAAGAGAGAAAAAAAAGCUAAGGAAAUGUCAAGUUCUACAACUACAACUAACUUGUCAUUGGACCACUUCCCACCUUCUGAACAACUUUGUUAUCUCCAAUGCACUCGUUGUGAGACUGUCCUUGCGGUAAGUGUGCCAUCGUGCAGCUUGUUUAAGACGGUGACGGUCCGAUGCGGCCACUGCACCCACCUUCAGCCAGCCAACACGCGGUCUCUACUUGUUCAGCCGCCGCCUAAUCAGUUUCAUUUGGCUCAUAACUACUACUCUCCGCCCACAUCCCAUUAUCGUCUGGGAGAGAUGGCAAAUCCAUCCCCAACUUACUCAGUGACACAACCAAAUGCUACAUCUAGUUACAUGACUCCAACACUAAGCCGUGGCGGUUCGAAUGAGCUGCCUAAGCCUCCUACCACUAAUAGACCUCCAGAAAAAAGACAGAGAGUUCCUUCUGCUUACAAUCGCUUUAUCAAAGAAGAGAUUCAGCGUAUUAAGGCUGAAAAUCCCGAUAUUUCGCACAGAGAGGCUUUCAGUGCUGCUGCCAAGAAUUGGGCCCACUUCCCCCACAUCCAUUUUGGGCUAAUGCCGGAUCAGACGGCGAAAAGGACAAGUACCAUGCGCCCUCACCAUCCUCAGUAGGAAGCUGGAGAAGAUAAUGUUCGCAUGAGAAGUGGAUUUUACUCUGCUCAAACUAAUGUUGGUGUUUCUCCAUAUUAAAUCAAAACUAUGCUGAUGUUUGAUUAAUUUGUAACCUUCUACAUUGCUUCAAUUAGGGGAUGGUUUUUCAUAAUAGUCGUCGACGACGAAUGUAAUUAAGAUAUCAAGAUUAAUGGCCUUGUUAAUUUAUCUCUAAUCUAUGUACGUGAUAUCUUCAUAACCCUC